AUGGCUUCCAUGAUUUGGUGUUCUCUCCUCUUUCUCAUUGUUGUUCUCUCACUCGUCGGUCCCAGCUCGAGCCGGGCCUACAACCGCCACCGCCACUACCACCACCACCACCGCCGUCAUCAGGAGUUCACCCUGCUGCCUCCGGGAACUUUCUCGUCCGCAGCCUCGCCGGCAAGGUUUGAGCCAUUCGUCUCACCCUCGAUUUUCGAUUAUGAUGCGUUCCCGCCACACUACACCGCGGACGAGCACGCCACCGGUAGCAUCUCCAGCGGCGGACAAUGGAUGCUCUUGCAGGAUAGCAUUGGCGUCUCCGCCAUGCAUAUGCAACUGCUUUACAACAACAAAGUGGUAAUCUUCGACCGUACGGAUUUUGGGCCAUCGAAGCUGACACUGCCCGCCGGGAAAUGUAGAUUCAAUGACGAUGCCCUUCCGGUCGAUUGCACGGGUCAUUCGCUUCUUUACGACGUCGUUUCCAACUCCUACCGCCCGCUCAUGGUCCAAACCGACGUCUGGUGCUCGUCCGGAUCCCUCGACCCCCAAGGAACCCUAAUUCAAACCGGCGGGUAUCACGCCGGCGACCGGAAAAUCAGGCUUUUUUCGCCGUGCGAUUUAGAAGAAUGCGAUUGGACUGAGCUCGAUCAGAACUUAACCGUUCAGAGAUGGUACGCCUCCGAUCAUGUUCUACCAGACGGACGCGUGAUCAUCGUCGGCGGGCGAAGGGCCUUUAGCUACGAAUUUUUCCCCAAAACUGGCGCGUUCAACGACACCGUCUUCUACUUCCCGUUCCUGAGAGAAACCACCGAUCCGAUAGAAGAGAACAAUCUCUACCCAUUCUUGUACCUCUUGCCCGACGGCAAUAUCUUCAUUUUCGCGAACCAAAGAUCCGCGGUACUGGAUUACAAGAACGACAGAAUUCUCAGGGAAUUCCCACCGAUUCCGUGCGACAAAAGAUCGUAUCCGGCGACCGGAUCGUCGGUGAUGCUACCGCUGAAGCUCAUCGCCGGCGUUGGAUACGCCUUUCCGGAGGUGGAAGUGAUGAUCUGCGGCGGAGCCAAGGGCGGGGCUUACGUGAAGGCGCUAAGAGGGUUGUACGAACCAGCUUCUAGAAGUUGCGGGAGGAUCCGGGUCACGGGCGCCAACCCGAGAUGGGAGAUGGAGGAGAUGCCGAUGGGUCGGGUGAUGCCCGACAUGCUACUCCUGCCGACGGGCGACGUCAUCAUCCUGAACGGAGCGGCGAGAGGGACCGCCGGCUGGGAAUGCGCGGCCGACCCGGUGCUGAACCCGGUUUUGUAUAGACCGGGGGAGAGGGAGCCGGGCGGGGGCGGGAGAUUCAGUUUGCUCAACCCCAGCAGUAUCGCCCGAAUGUACCACUCCUCCGCCAUCCUGCUGCCAGAUGGCAGAGUGCUAGUGGGCGGGAGCAACCCCCACACAAUGUACAACUUCACAGGCGUGGAGUACCCCACGGAGCUGAGCCUGGAAGCGUUCUCCCCGCCGUACCUGGCGUCGGAUCUGGCAAAUCUCCGGCCGUCGGUGCUGACGAUGGAAGGUCCGGCGGGGGGGCAUGAGGUGUCGUACGGGCAGCAAUUCGCCAUCACUUUCAGCUUGGGGCUACAUAUGCAGCCGCGUCCCUGGGGGGAGUUCACGGUGACGAUGGCGGCUCCGUCGUUCACGACGCACUCAUUCGCCAUGAACCAGAGGCUUCUGGUGCUGUACGUUCUGGAUCAGCAUCAGCUCUCCACAUUCGCCUACAAGGUCACGGUCUACGCGCCGCCCAACCCCAACAUUGCGCCGCCGGGUUACUACAUGCUCUUUGUUGUGCAUCACGGCGUGCCCAGUCAUGGUGUUUGGAUCAGAAUUAAAUAAAUAAUAGUAACAUCUGUAGCACUUGCAUGUGCUCUCUCUAUCUUGUCAAUUUCCGUUUCCACAUUUAUGGUUGCUUCUUGUCUGCCUUAGAAUUGUUCCGUGAAAUUCAAUAAAAAAAAAAAGAAAAAAAAA